AUGCUGAGCCCAGGGAGCCACAACUGGGCAGUGACCUGUCCCCCCCCACCCCCCGUCCCAGUGGCAGCCUUGGAGCUCAGGUCCGUCGACCUGCAGAACGCCAGGAACAACCAGGAGCAUCACACGCAGCAGAUGGGCCUGCAGCGGCUCAUCGUGGGCCACGGCGAGUCCUACACAAUCCAGCUGCAUUUCAACCGACCCUUCCACUCUGGGACCGACUACAUCACCUUGGUGGCUGAGACAGGACCAGAGCCCACAGUGCUGCUGGGGACCCGAGCCACCUUCUUGCUCACCCAGGCCCGACAAGGCAAUGUCUGGAGUGCUUCUGACUUCACCAUUCAUGCCAACUCGCUCUUUGUCUCCCUUUUCACACCGGCCGAUGCAGUCAUUGGUCCCUACACUCUGAAGAUGGAGAUCUCUCAGGGCCCUGGUCACAGCACAUCCCACCCUCUGGGGACUUUCAUCCUGCUUUUUAACCCUUGGAGUGCAGAGGACGACGUCUACCUGCCAAGUGAAAUAGUGCUGCAGGAGUAUAUCAUGAUGGACUAUGGCUUUGUUUACAGUGGUCAUGAAAGAGUCAUCACCCCCUGGCCCUGGAACUAUGGGCAGUUUGAAGAGGACAUCAUAGAUAUCCGCUUUGAGAUUCUGAACAAGAGCCUGUACUUCUUAGAGAACCCAUCCAAAGACUACUCCCAGUGGAACAAUGUAGUGUAUGUCUGCAGGGUGGUGAGCACCAUGAUCAACAGCAAUGACGACAGCGGUGUGCUGCAGGGGAGCUGGAGAGAGGACUACUCCCAGGGGGACCCACUGGAGUGGACAGGCAGCGUGGCCAUCCUGCGACAGUGGGCGGCCAGGGGCGGGCAGCCUGUGAGGUAUGGGCAGUGCUGGGUAUUUGCAGCUGUUACGUGUACCGUAAUGAGAUGCUUAGGUGUUCCUACGCAUGUCGUUUCCAAUUUCCACUCUGCACACAACGUGGAUGCAAACUUGACCAUCGACACCUACUAUGACCAACAUGCAGAGAUGCUGCCAACUCAGAAACGAGACAAAAUAUGGAAUUUCCAUGUCUGGAACGAGUGCUGGAUGAUCCGGAAAGAUCUCCCUCCAGGAUACAACGGGUGGCAGGUUCUGGACCCCACUCCCCAGCAAACCAGCAGUGGGUCGUUCCACUGUGGCCCUGCCUCCGUAAAGGCCAUCAGGGAAGGGAAGGUCCACCUGCCCUACGACACCCCAUUUGUGUAUGCUGAGGUGAACUCUGGUGAAGUCGUUUGGCUGUUGGAGGAUGGCCAGGCCCAGGAAAUCCUGGCCCAUAACAUCAGUUCCAUCGGGAAGGAAAUCAGCACCAAGAUGGUAGGGUCAGACCAGAGCCAGAAUAUCACCAGCUCCUACAAGUACCCAGAAGGAUCCGCUGAGGAGCGAUCUGUGUUCAUGAAGGUCUCCCGGAAAAUGCUGGGCCCUUGGAGGGCCUCUGCACCCUUCCUGGAGCUGCUGGGAUCUGGGGGCUUUGAGGAUCAGCUGGCACAGCUGCAGCUUUACCCGACCAGGAAGCCUGAGUGGGGCCAGGACCUGCUGCCGAAGCUGCAUGCCCGGAGUAUGGCAGAUAGAGCCCAACCCCAGGGGCCCAUCCGCCUGCUGGUGCAUUUCUGUGCGCAGACCCUGCUGCUCGACGGUGGCACCUGGGAGCCCCUCUGGAGACAGAUAGUGCACUUGACCCUGGACUUCGGGGAGGAGACACAGUGGCUGCUCUUGCUCCCCUACAACAACUAUAGAAACAAACUGAUGGAUGAAAAGCUGAUCUGUGUGUCUGGCAUCGCCAAGGUGGAGGAGACAGGGAGGUCCAUGCUGGUCCUAAAAGAUAUCUCCCUGGGGCCUCCCCACUUAUCUACUGAGGUGUCCGAGAGGGCCGAGGUGGGCAAGGCCCUGAGAUUCCACAUCUCGCUCACCAAUACCCUCUUGGUGGCUCUGAGUCACUGCACAAUGGUUCUGCAGGGCAGUGGCCUCAUCAACGGGCAGAUAACAAAUGAUCUUGGAAUUCUGGUGGCCGGACACACCAUCCAAAUUCAACUGGACCUCUACCCCAUCAAAGCUGGACCCCACCGGCUGCAAGUCCUCAUCAGCAGCAACGAGAUCAAGGGCUACAGGUUCAUCUUCGUGGCCCUCAUCGACCUCCAAAGCUCCUGGAACAACGUGCAGAACCACACGGAGGAGAUCAGCUCUGACCGCCUCCUUGUUCGCCAGGGCCAGGCCUUCAACAUCACCCUGUACUUCAGGAACCGGGCCUUCCAGCCAGGCCUGGACAACAUCAUCUUCUUGGCUGAGACUGGACGACUGUCAGACCUGGCCAAGGGGACUCAGGCUGUGUUCAGCCUGGCAGGUCAUCGUGGCCCGAGCCCCUGGAUCGCCUCACUGGAGACCACUGGGGCCACCUCCCUGGAGGUGAGCCUGUGCACCCCUCCCAUGGUGGCCGUGGGUCAGUACAUCUUGAAGGUUCACAUCGAAUCCCUACAGGGGCCUGUCAUGGCCUACCAGCUUGGGGAGUUCAUCCUGCUCUUCAAUCCCUGGUGCUCAGGAGACGCUGUCUACUUGGACAGUGAACCCCAGAGGCAGGAGUAUGUCGUGAAUGAUUACAGCUUCCUACCAAGGGAACAAGAACUGGAUCUGUCCCUGCCCCUGGAACUAUGGACAGGAUUUAAGGGGGAAGGACAGCUGAAGGCACCCACUCAGGAAUUCCACUAA